UCCCUCACCCAUAAAAAAUACUCACUCAAUUUCAAGCUCCAAAACUCCCAAAAUUUUGCUUCUAAUCAGUGGAUCAGACUUGGGUAUCGUUUCAAUUUGGAUGGUUUGAGGGGCUAUUAGAAGUUGAUUGUGGCUAUAGAAUAAUGGGCAGCAGUGAGAUGGAUAAAACUGCAAAAGAAAAGGAGCCAAAGACACCGCCUACUGCUACUAUGCAGGAGCAGUCUUCCACCAGUAACUCGGGUAAUGUAAAUGCGGACUGGUCAGGAUUUCAGCAGGCAUAUUCUCCCAUUCCUCCACAUGGGUUCUUGGCGUCAAGUCCCCAAGCUCCCCCAUAUAUGUGGGGGGUUCAGCAUAUUAUGCCUCCGUAUGGUACCCCACCACAUCCUUAUGUUGCAAUGUAUCCUCAUGGUGGAAUAUAUGCGCAUCCAUCCAUUCCUCCAGGAUCUUAUCCUUUUAGUCCUUUUGCUAUGCCUUCCCCAAAUGGCAUUGUCGAGGCUUCUGGAAAUACUCCUGGAAGCAUGGAAGAUAGUAAGCCUUCUGACGUGAAGGAAAAAUUGCCAAUUAAAAGAUCAAAAGGGAGUUUAGGCAGUUUGAACAUGAUUACUGGAAAGAACAAUAAUCUUGGUAAAACAUCAGGAGCUUCUGCUAAUGGAGUUUAUUCUAAAAGUGCUGAGAGUGGAAGUGAAGGUACAAGUGAAGGCAGUGAUGCAAACUCCCAGAAUGAUUCACAAUUGAAGUCCGGAGGAAGGCAAGAUUCUGGAGAAGGUGAAGCAUCUCAGAAUGGAAGUACAGCACAUGGUCCUCAGAAUGGAGGCCCAAAUGCACCUCAUGCAAUGGUGAAUGCGGCAAUUCCCAUUGUACCUAUGUCUACUGCUGGGGCUGCUACAGCUGUUCCAGGUCCUACGACAAACUUACAUAUUGGGAUGGACUACUGGGGUACUCCAGCUUCAUCCACUAUCCCUGCAAUUCGUGGCCAGGUUCCUUCAACUCCAGUUGCAGGAGGAAUGGUAACUCCUGCAUCAAGGGACAGUGUUCAGCCACAGCUUUGGUUGCAGGAUGAAAGGGAGCUUAAACGCCAGAGAAGGAAGCAAUCAAACAGAGAGUCUGCUCGCAGAUCCAGGCUGCGUAAACAGGCGGAAUGUGAUGGGCUGGCCCAGCGUGCUGAAGCCUUAAAAGAAGAGAAUGCCAAUCUUAAAUCAGAAGUGAGUCGUAUCAAGAGCGAGUAUGAGCAGCUUCUUGCAGAGAAUACCUCUCUCAAGGAGAGGCUAGGGGAAAUUCCUGGACAUGAGGAUCAGAAGUCUGGUAGGAAUGACCAACAUACAAAUAAUGAUGAACAAACAGAGCCUGUGCAGGGUAGUCACUAGGAUUCAUACACCCUGCUUCAUGCAUCUUUCCAGGAACACAACCUAACCAAAUUAGCUACAGAAAGUUUUUAUUCUGCAUAGCAUGUUUAAAUUUUAUCAAAGCUGACCUUGAUAGUUUUUAGGUUCCCUUUAUCCCCUAUAAUUGAUCACCCGUGAUUUGGCUAUCUUUACAAUCAAAGCCAUGGGAUGAUGAUAUGUAGACUGAUAUUAUGCUAUACCUUUCUCUGUUGAUUGAAAGAGGGGUAGCGUGCACAGUUUAACUUUUCAAGCUUGUUUAUGUUAAAUAUGAUUGAUGAAAUGUGUAAUUGAGAGAAGCAAAUGAACUCCGAUUUAUUUUAAUGGUUGGAUGCUGGCAGUUCUAUCGUUGUACGACAUUUUUCCCCUCAA